CGGCCAUGCAUUGCGCUAAUUCAAUGCAAGGCUGCGCAUGCUGCUGUUCCCGGUUGUCUCUAACCGGGCAGAAUACUGCCCCAGUGGGUGCUGGAAGCCUGCCCCGGUCGCUGCUAAGACAUACCGGUACACGAUCAUGCAGCUUGCAAGACAGCAUUCCACCGAAGUCCCACCUGGCCACCUCACCACAGCCCUGACGCAGCGCAAGCAACCAGUCUGAGUUGGCAAGCUGCUACACAAGCCUGCUUGCGCCACUGAAUUUUAGCCCUACCUCCGCAAGGCGCUUCCCUGAGUAUCCUGCUGCCUCUUGGGAGAGGUUGUUUUGUAAGUGCACUGCCACAGGCAAGGUUUAUUCCUGGCGGCAGCUUCAGGCGAGCUCGUUGUUAGAGAGCUCUUGCAGGGGCAGCUGGGGCUGAUUCAUUGUUGAGCAACUCAGGCGGACUGGUGUUUGGUUGCUCAUUGUGGUGGCUUUUCUGAGUGGGAGCAGCUUUGGAAGGCGCCAUGUCAAGUCCAAGUAAACGGAGGGAAAUGGACGUCAUGAAGCUCAUGAUGAGCGACUACAAGGUGGAAAUGAUCAACGAUGGUAUGAGCGAGUUCUUUGUCGAGUUCCUUGGGCCAAAGGAGAGCCCGUACGAGGGAGGAGUCUGGAAGAUACACGUGGAGCUGCCUGAUGCAUACCCUUACAAGUCACCAUCGAUUGGAUUUAUCAACCGGAUAUUCCAUCCAAACGUUGACGAAUUGUCGGGCUCGGUGUGCCUUGACGUCAUCAACCAGCGGUGGAGCCCCAUGUUUGACCUGAUCAACGUGUUUGAGGUGUUCCUGCCUCAGCUCCUCCUGUACCCCAACCCCACGGACCCGCUCAACGGGGAAGCUGCGGCGCUGUUGAUGCGGGAGCCAGACCUGUACAAGAGCAAAGUCAAGGAAUAUUGCCAACGUUUUGCCAAGCCCGAGGACCUUGGCAACAAACCGGAACCGGAGAGUGAGGAUGAGAGCGAGGAUGAUCUCAGCGACAUGAGUGACGAUGACGAGAUGGCGGGGCAUGCGGAUCCCUAGUGCGUUAUUUGGUCAAGCGCGCCUGGCAGACAUCCGUCUCCACCAUUUAUUGCAGCACCUGUCCAUAAGCGCAGUGUAAGCGCCACAGCUCUAGGGAGGACUUAGUCCUUCUGCUGGCGCUAACGCUGCCUAGUCUAGGACUCCACUGACGGUAGCCUAACGAGGGGAGCGGUUUGAAAGUACAGGUAAAACAGGUUCUGUACUUUCAGUGGUCAAGCAUUGGUUGAGAACUCCAACAGACCAUCUUGUAGACAUGUACAUACAGCUGGUAGAAUCUUGGACAGGUGCGAGCGUCAGCAGUAGCAGGUGUACAGUAUUCGCUAGAUCUUGGCAGCGUUUCAUUGGACAGCCAACAAAAGGCAAUCAGAUAUGGUGAGCUUUAGCACUACUCAUGUACGUGGCCUUUGAGGUGCCUACAUGCAUGGACAUGAUCGUGCCGGACCAGCUCUUGCAACGACCAUGCGUUGUAUGUAAGGAAACAACUUGGGUGGCGGCUGUGAUCCUUUGAUUGACGCGCGGGCAUUUGCGGAGCAGCUAUG